GGCGCCCAUCCACGGAGACGGAAUCGCCAUGUGGCACAUACUUAUCAGCAAACGAACGGCGUGAGGCGCACCACGUUCACACCUGGAUGCGUUCUUAUCCGCGCGAUCCAACGGACCCGCCCAUUCCCCACCAUUGCUCGCUUCGCUCUCCUCCUCGAGCUUCAAAUCUCUCGAGGGCACAAACCCCACGACAAAUUUUUUUUCCCUCCUUUUCCUUGUCUUCGUGGUUCCUGUUCUUGCACCAUGCAGAGGUGUUGUUGAUGCUUCGAUUCAUCGCGUCAGCAACCCAGCAUCCUCGGCGGCCUUGUUGUUCUUGAAUCGAGGCAGAGGAGGAAGGAGGCACCACGGCUCGAGCGGGGAUGCCGGACUCGGACAACGACUCCGGCGGCCCGAGCAACGCCGGCGGCGAGCUUUCGUCGCCGCGGGAGCAGGACCGGUUCCUGCCGAUCGCCAACGUGAGCCGGAUCAUGAAGAAGGCGCUCCCGGCGAACGCCAAGAUCAGCAAAGACGCCAAGGAGACGGUGCAGGAGUGCGUCUCCGAGUUCAUCUCCUUCAUCACCGGCGAGGCCUCCGACAAGUGCCAGCGCGAGAAGCGCAAGACCAUCAACGGCGACGACCUGCUCUGGGCCAUGACCACGCUCGGCUUCGAGGACUACGUCGAGCCGCUCAAGCACUACCUCCACAAGUUCCGCGAGAUCGAGGGCGAGAGGGCCGCCGCCUCCUCGGGCUCCGCCGCCGCGCAGCAGCAGCAGGGCGACGUCGCAAGGAGCGCCGCCAAUGCCGGCGGGUACGCCGGGUACGGCGCGCCCGGCGCCGGCGGCAUGAUGAUGAUGAUGAGGCAGCCCAUGUACGGCUCACCGCAACAGCAGCAGCAUCAACAGCCGCCGCCGCCGCCACAGCAGCAGCAGCAGCAACACCAACAGCAUCACAUGGCAAUGGGAGGGAGAGGGGGUUUCGGCCAUCAAGGAGGAGGAGGAGGUAGCGGCGGCGGCGGCGGCUCCUCCUCGUCGUCGGGGCUUGGCCGGCAAGACAGGGCGUGAGCUGCCGUGAUGCAUUCACUACGCUGAUACGAGUGUACCUAAUUAAUUGACGCCGGACCUUGUUUCUACUUGUUGAUGUAUGCUUACUAAUUAAUUUGAGGCUCCAAUUCGGAACGGUGAAUUCUUCCCGUUUCAUACGAGAAUUGAACUUGUGUUUUGUAUGAAUUUUUGAGCAUUCAAGAUAGUCCCUAAUGCAAGGGUAUUCAUUCAGCCA